CAGGCGUUCCAACCGCCGCAACCCUUCCCGACUUACGGCUAUUGUGAUUCCUACUUUGUGGAGAGCCACGAUGACGACGAGGGCAUCUACGCCCGAGCCGCAGCCGAGCGCGAGAGACAACGAGGAGUUGCUCGACUACAACAAAAGGCCCUGGCCGAAGAGUUGACACAGGUGACGGCGAACGAAUACCAAGAGGACAUUCUUCAUCACAUGGAGGCCAUGGAGCUCGAGACGAUGCCCGACAUCCAGUCCAUCGAGAUCCAGACCGAAAUCCAAUGGUACAUGCGACCCUACCUGCUCGACUUCCUCCUCGAAGCCCACCACGCCUUCGGCCUCCUCCCAGAGACACUGCACCUCGCCGUCAACCUGCUGGAUCGAUACUGCUCGAAACGUGUGGUGUACAAGCGACACUACCAGCUCGUCGGAUGUGCAGCUCUCCUCAUCGCCGCCAAGUACGGCGAUCGCAAGGAACGAGUGCCGACCAUCCGAGAGCUCAAGUCGAUGUGCUGCUCCCUCUACGACGACGACAUGUUCACCCAGAUGGAGUGGCAUGUGCUGCAGACGCUGAAUUGGAUGGUCGGCCACCCGACCGUCUCCAGCUUCCUGCAAAUGGCCAUGGCCGACGUCUCCUUCGACCCGGAAGUCGAACACAUGUCCUGCUACAUCCUCGAGCUCGCCCUCUACCACAAAGACUUCAUUCCGCUUCGGCCGUCGAUGAUGGCGCGGUGCUCGCUGGCGCUAGCACGGUGCAUCCUCGACCGGCCACAACCUCCGUACGGAAGCUGGUCGGCACAGUACGACGCCAACGUCAUCCUCAGCCUCUCCAACCAUCUCUCGCAACCCUCGCAAGCCCUGCUGCGGAAGUACGCGUCGCCCCAUCUGUCAUCGGUCUCGACGACCAUCGACCUGUUCCUCGCCCGUCAAGCCGCACUGGCGACGCGCGUCGUGCAAACGCCCGUCAACGAGCUUCCCACCAUCCAAGUGCAUCACCACCAGACGCCGCCCGAGAACGCGUACCUCACUCCCCAGACUCCGCAAAAGCAUGCCGGCUUCCACACCAUCCCCAUCGGCAUCCUCACGCCUCCGAUUACCCCGGACAAGGACUACUGCGAGUCGAAUGAGUACGGC